UUUGUAGAAGUUUUGACGAAACCGAAAUUAUAUUUCACUUUUAUUCGUGUCACUUCAGAAUGAAAUAACCUGUGCUCUUUAAAAAUUGUGAGUCAAAAUCACACGCAAUAAUGUUAUUGUGCCUCUAAAUUAGCUUUAUUCUUAGACCAUAUUUAUUCAGCAAUCACAGCAUCAAAAUUGACAAAAAAAAUAAAAUGGGAAUUUAUUUUCAGCUAGAGACCAUGUUGUGUGUCGUGACGUCAAGAGCAUGUUCAACGCACAGAUACCAGGAGUGAGCUGACAAGAAUGUUUCACCUGUGAGCACAAUGACCUGAAGCAAGGGGUGUGGCCAUCCUAGUGAGAGCAGGCAGGGAGGGCUAACUAUCUACUUAGACUUCCUGAAGUGAACAGUGCUGCAACAUGUAAGGAUACAAACACUGGGUAACCUUUUAGAGUCCAAAUCCUUGGACACAACAAGACAGGAAACACUACCCUACAACUAAGAUUCAUUCGCAUGUAGUCGGACUCAAGAAUGUCCCUGUGGCGAUACCUGACACUUCUCUUGGCCGUAACUGUUCACAUAUGCCAAGCUGAGAAAUGUGAUGACUUGGCAGAUUUAGACCUGGGUCAUGCAAUCAUCGGCACCACCCUGAAGAUGAGGUUGCUGCUGUUCACCAGGGACACCAUUCAAUGCGGCUCACUUCUGUCUCACAGCAACCUGUCGGCCAACCCGAACUUCAACUUGUCUCGGCCCACCACCUUUAUCAUCCAUGGGUAUCGGCCCACAGGUUCUCCCCCCGUGUGGGCUCACCAGAUCACAGAGCAGCUUCUGGCCAGAAAGGACCUCAAUGUCAUAAUAGCAGACUGGAAUUACGGAGCAGCUAAUGUGAAUUAUUUCAAGGCGGUGGAGAACACACACAAGGCAGCACACAACCUCACUGCCUUCUUUAAAAAGAUGCAGGAGCAUGGUGCCUCUCUGAGUGAUAUCCACAUGAUCGGAAUCAGUCUCGGUGCUCACAUUUCUGGUUUUGUGGGUGCGAACCUAAAUGGGACAAUUGGAAGAAUUACAGCUCUGGAUCCUGCUGGGCCUCAGUUCACUGGUACUCCUCCAAAGGACCGCCUGGAUCCCACAGACGCCCUGUUUGUGGAUGCUCUGCACACAGACAUAGACGCUUUGGGCUACAGAGAAGCUCUCGGCCAUAUUGAUUUUUACGCCAAUGGAGGAACAGAUCAGCCUGGCUGCCCCAAAACCAUCUUUUCAGGCACAGCCUACUUUAAAUGUGAUCACCAGAGAUCAGUGUACCUUUACUGUGAGUCCCUGAAUCACACUUGUAGCAGCAGAGCCUUCCCAUGCGCCUCCUAUAGAGACUUUAUGGAUGGGAACUGCAUGAGCUGUGACCACUUUGGUGAUGCCGGAUGUCCAGUUUUUGGUUAUGACAUUGACAAAUGGAAGGAUGUCUUGCUGAGGAUGGGCCAAACAAAAACAUUCUUCUUCACAAAUAAAAAGUCUCCAUUCUGCAUGACAAACUACAGGCUGGAUGUGGUGAUAUGGAAUCAGGACGUACACUGGGGAUAUAUUACCGUCAAACUACAUGGGAAUGGUACGGAUGCUGUGGCAAAAAUUGACCAUAAAGAAUCCCAGUUCAAGAAGUACACGGAGACAAAGUUGUUUGCUCAGUUUGACACAGACCUUCAGUCAGUCAACAAAAUGUCUCUCUUGUUCUCCACUGGCAAUGUUUUCAAGCCCAAAUACAAACUACGUGUUCUUCGGAUUCGCCUCACGCAUCUGGAACGUAACGAGAGGUAUCGGCAGACGCCGGCCAUUCACCCAUUUGAUAUCUUGCCAUCUUUUUUUAAUUUGUUUGUUCAACUAUGUCCAUCUCAGGCCUUUGUGUCGCUAUGACUUGGUCCUGGAGGAGGACAAAGAGGUCACCUUCAUUCCUCUUCACUGCCAAGAGUCAAACUUUUGAGGCAAAAUCACAUCACAAACCGGGACCAUUCAGCUUGGAACUGAAUCCUCCGCCAUGCACUCAACGUUAUAUAUCGAAUGUACUGUCUUUUCUGAUGGAAACAAAAAAUCUUUAUUUCUCACAACCUCAUUAAAAUAAUAUAACAGUAUUGCUUGUGUUCAUAAAGUGAAUGUAAAUAGAUGUAAAUGUAUUUGUCCCAGACCUUUUAUUUACAUAUUUGUUUCCAUUAUAGUUCCAUUGUCAUCAAUAUGGUGUUUAUUUAUUUGUGUGAAUGUAUUUGUGAUUGAUUAUUAAUAAUAAAAAAAACAUUACAUUGCU